GUAGUAAUUUUUUUUUCCCCCGCGAUGGCAGGCACCUUGUCGUUGGUGCGGGGGCUUAGUCGAAUCAUUAAUCAGACCUUAUCAGCGGGUGGUAGUGUAAUCGUCUCUUUACCUCCGAGUACUGGGCGAGUGCACUCCAUUCCUCUGGUUCGGGCUGCUUUUGAACGAUGACCAAGAACUGCCGACCCCCUAAUCCAGGGUGUAAAGCGACACCGUGCCUAUUGGAGGGUUUGCAGCCAGGGGGUUUACCACAUCGGCUGUAUUAUAACGGCGCCUUCCUGACACCGGGCCGCCUCAGGGAGUAACUGUGGCCUUGCUGCGGCAUGGGGCGCUGCCGUGGUGUACCGUUUGAAUUCCCCUUUAUAUUACAUAGACCACUGCGUCCGCCCCGUCGGGCAGGUGGUCGUACGAACAAGAUGAAGACAACUAAAUAUUCAAAUUAUAAUUCAAACCAACAAGUUUUAACACAACUAUUAGGUCAGUUGAUAAGGUCUGGCGACUCGUCAAAUGGCUAUGGAGGAGGAGUGGGAAGACAGAGGAGUAACAUCAGGCGCUCAGCUGCCAGAAAUGCUAGGCGCCGACUUGCAGCUAGACCACAGGCUAGUGUAGCAGCAAGAAGACCAACGAAUAGUUCCAGUUCGAAGCCAGGUGGUGCGUCGCAAGAAGCAAAGACUACACCGCAAAAGAGAAAUGCCACAGAAAGCAGCGGCGCACCUGAAAAGAAAAAAGCAGCUUUGGAUGAAACGGCAAAAGGUGGUGAUGAGAGUAAAACAUCCGCAGAUGAUCCUUACUUGAAGGGCUUGUGUGAGGAUGGAGUGCGAUGGUACCUGCGCUUCUUGAAGGAGGGUCUUGAUCCUAAAGCCGCUUGCAAAAAAGCUUGGGAACAGAGAACCGAACCCGUUGAGUUUGAGCCGCAGUGGGGUAAAGAGUUUUUGGUGAGGGAAGUUGAAGAAGAGCCUAAAAACCACAAGCAACGACAAAGACGGCGAGGAUUAAAAAAGCCUGAAAUCAAUGAAGAUUAUCGAAUUGCUGUGCAUCCAAAAGACUUCCCAGAUCAAAUGCUUGAUUUGCCAUCGCUAGCACGGCUGGAAGAGGCUAUCUCAGCGGAAAUCGCAAAAGGUGCAGAUGCAAAGAUCCAAUUCGGAUAUUCUUAUCUGCGGCCAGGUGCAUUAAUUCUCGACUGUGUAAAUGAAGAAACGGUCAAUUGGCUGAAAGAUAUUGUUAACAAGCUGCCAGAGUGGGCAGGGCCUGAUUUGAUCGCAAGUCAAGAACGUGUAAUUCCAGACGCUUACGUCUUGACGGUCGCAUUACCGAAGAGCCUUGGCCAAGAAUUCGAGCGCACAUUGGCCUUGAUUGCGGCACAAAAUGAAGAUUUAAAUACUGAAGUGUGGAAAUUUGUGAAUGAACGCGAAGAGAAUGAAAAACAAGUGGUAACGAUACGUGUAGAUAAGGAUUCAUUCAAUACGAUGAAGAGAAACGAAUGGAAGUUAUACUACAGAUUCGACAAAGUCAGCGUACAUUUCCACCGCUACUUAAGAUAUGGCAAACAACCUACAUUAUGGAUAACUAAUCCCAGCUGUCACAAACAAAAUCAGGUGAAACCACCUGGUCCAGCUAAUGCAAAAUAAAUAAAAAACAGUUCAACGCUUUCCUAGUGUCAUUCGGUUAAUUGGUUGAUGUCUGUAUUCAGAAAGAUGCUACACAUUUAAAACUUAUACAACAACAGCUCCGAUGGAUAUAUAUGAGAGUUGCGGGAGAUUGCAAACAAGAACUUUAAGAUGUGUUCGUUGUUGGCGUUUAUAGUUCAACAAAGACGACGACGACGACAGCACCUGUUCCGGCAACUUGGGUAUAUGAUCACCACUCGGAUGAUAGCCAUUGGCAUCAGCCACGUAUGUCAACGUGAUGGGAAUACCUUCAAGUGAAAUAUAUUGCACCACGCCGCUGUGACCGUGCUCAUUUCCCGCUGCUUUUGUAGUUAUGCCGUUGGAUGUUUGAAACUCGUAAUGAAAGUCGCCACGUGUAUUUGGCGCCCGAUUUGUGUAGUAAAUAGUGUGCGCAUCACGAUCAAUUGAUCUAAUGGCCGCUUUUGCAGGCUGGAAUUGUGUAAAAAUACCACAACAGAACACACAGCACACCAGGAAAUGCAGUAGCUGUUAGUUUGAGACAAUAGGGAGGGGAAACAACAACAUAUUAAUUAAUAUCCACAUAUACUGUUAGAGAAUAAAAUUAUAACACCAACCAUCGAUUGGAAUUGCAAUCCAACGCCGUAUCGAAUUUUACGUGUCACCCGCAUUGUAAACCACAUUCCCAUUUGAUUAAAUGUAGCGUCGAAUGACAGUAGGAAUGAAGCCGCCGUUUUUUUAUUUGAGCACCACCGAAAGUCAAUUCGCAGAAACCUUUAUUUAUUCCAGUACGCACAUGCACACACACGCGAAGUCGAUAGCACAGCUAAUCUACAUCAACCGCACCCGUAACGAAAUGAAAAGCGAUUUUGGCGCUGGGAAGCUUUUAUAGAUGUAUGUGCAGGCAUGCAAAUUAAUUUGGCAAACAAUUUUUUUGGACGUUAAUUAGUUUAUGGCGAGAAUUGGCGUAUUCCACGGCAAGUUGUUUAUGUCAAUUCAAGCAUUUGAUGUGACGUGUGACGCCUGCGCUUGGGAAGCAUCUGAAACAAGUGAGAGAGUGAGUGAACCAGUGAAGAGUGUAGCACACACUGCAACGAGAUCGCUGUUAUAAAUCUUGCUCAGUACGUGUGCGGAAUGUGUGUGUCAUAGCUCGGAAUGAUGAGUGUGUGACACUUCUCGAGUGCAAUACUUAAUUAAUUAAAACUGAACCGGAUGGUGUGAUAUGGUGUUGUCAAUUGGCUGCUACAUGAAAUCAUAAAAUUUCAUACACUGAAACUCAUAGAAUUUCCAACAUUUUUAAGUUUGUAAUGCGAUUGUCCUGUAGCGAAACUAUUUACAUAUAUCAGUAAAUAAAAUCUUCAUUUGUGUACCGAUAUGGUAGCCUCUUAAA